GGUAUUAUUAUAAUUCAACACGUACUAUAUAAAAUAUAAAUUAAAUUAUUGAAAAGGCUUUGUCUCUAAGUAGUGUGAAAAUAAUGGAAAUUGUGGAAAAUGAUAAAUUUGUGGAAACAGUAACAGGACCUGUACUGCUGGAUGAUCUCGGUAUUACAUUAACGCACGAGCAUCUUUUUAGCUACUUUACCAAUUGUUUUAAGCGUGCUCCGUAUUCGCAUAAGCUUUCGAGAGAUCAUACAACAAUUACAAUGAAAGGUAGCGGCUAUCUUAAUCUAUAUCCGUAUAGUAAUAUGAAAAAUUUGAAACUUAUUGAUGAGAAAGAAACAAUUUGUCCAAACGAAAUAUUUGAGUUCACAGGACUUGAUGGGCAAACAAUUGUGGAAAAUAGCAAUCAUGGUUUGAGAUGUUUUAACAAAUGGGACGAAUACACAAAUGUGUCCUUAAAACAGAAAAUUAACAUAAUUAUUGGAACAGGAUAUUAUGUUGCUCAGACGCAACUUGCAUCAACCUUAAAUAUGUCCAAAGAAAGUAUGUAUUAUGUUAUGUGUACGGAAUUAGAAAAAGGUAUUGUAAAUCGUGAACAUUAUUUAAGUUCCAAAAUAAAAGCAGGAUUUAUCGGCGAAGUGGGCAGUUCUUGGCCAAUUCAUGCCUUUGAAAAACGUUCUAUUUCUACAACUGGCGAAGUGCAAGAAAAAUUGCAUUGUCCUGUUAGCUUUAGUCCUGGAUCGAAUGCAUCUGCACCUAUGGAGAUAAUGCGAAUCUAUCAAGAGGCCGGAGGGAACGCUCGCAAAGCCAUUAUGUGUCACGUUGAUCGUACUUUGACCAACGAGGAACAACUCAUGGAAUUCGCAGAUGAUAAUAAAUGUUACAUACAAUUCUCUAUGUUUGGUACCGAGUGUUCUUUCUAUCAACACGAUCCGACUGUUGAUGUACUGUCAGAUGCAGAGCGUGUCGAAUUUAUUGCAAAAUUCAAAAAAGAAUCGAAAUUGGAUCAGGUUUUAAUGAGUCACGAUAUUCAUACCAAUGACAGACUGGCAAUGUAUGGCGGUCAUGGAUAUGGUCAUAUCCUUGAAUUUGUAGUACCGUAUAUGGAAGAAAAUGGUUUCACCGAUCAGGAUAUCACACAACUGAUGGAGGAAAAUCCUAAGAAUUGGCUAAGCCGUGGUCAAUAAUCGAUUUAUAUAAAAAUUUAUUUUUUUUUUACAAAACAUAGAAACAUGAAUGAAAAGUGCACAACAACUUUUCUAUAUGCGAUAUUGUUUUUUUUUCUAAAAAUUGUAAACAGUUUAUGCCGUAGCUAUUAAGUACUAUAACUAUAUUCGUUUAUAAUAUGCAACAAUUUUAGAAUAAUGUAUUUUUCUUUCAAAUAAGUACUCAGCAUUCAAUUCUUGUCCAAAUUGCGCACAUAGAUAUAAAAAUCGAAUUUUGCAUUGGGAUCAUAAGUACCAUACAUGUACACGAAAAUGUGAACGACGUUGCUCAGUUUGCAGAAUACUACAGAUACGCUGUGGUGUUAAUUAACUUGUUUGUUGUUAAAACGCAAGCACGAUAUCGUCGCAACAAUGAGUAAAGCAUGCUUGAUCUAUGCGAUAAAAUAUUUCCGAAAGCAAUGUCUUUCUCAUGUCAUAAAAGAGCACCUGGAAAUCGUUUCCGAUUUGUAUCAUAAUUGAUUUAUCAUCAUUAAUGCAACAUCCGCGGUAAAAUUGAAAAGUAUUGUUUAAUUAUCGAAUGAGAC